AUGGCCCGGCAUGCACCGCGGCCCCCGCCUCACUUCCCGGCCGGGCCGCUAAGAUGGCGACUCCCAUGCACCGCCUUAUCGCUCGGAGACAGGCGGAGGCAAACAAGCAGCAUGUAAGAUGUCAAAAAUGUUUAGAGUUUGGACAUUGGACAUAUGAAUGUACAGGGAAGAGGAAAUACCUGCACAGACCUUCAAGGACAGCUCAAUUAGCGAAAAUUCUUAAAGAAAAGGAAAAGAGACUGUUAUUGCAACAAAGUGCUGGAGACAGUGCUGCAGAAAGGAAGGCCAAGAAGAAAAGAUCUAAAAGCGUGACCAGUUCCAGCAGCAGCAGCAGCGCCAGCUCGGCCAGCGAUUCCUCAUCUGACAGUGAAGACUCUUCUACCUCCUCUUCUUCUGAGGACAGUGACAGUGAUGAGAGCUCCUCCACUUCCUCCUCUUCUCCAUCCUCCAGUAGCACUUCCUCUUCUUCAGACUUCGAAUCGGAUUCUAGUUCCUCCAGCAGUAGCAGCAGCAGCAGCACAGACAGUAGUUCUGAUGAUGAGCCACCAAAGAAAAAGAAGAAGAAAUAGCGUGGUGCGGUGCAGGACUGUUGUUUAGCAAAUGGUAACGCUCUUGGUUUGAGCACAGGGUUGCCAAACAGUUUACCUGGUCAACAUUUCUACUGCUAAAACUUUCUAAGUGUUUUGCAUAGGUGUUCAUAGGACAUGAAAGGUAUUCGAUGGCACGUGAGACUUACUGAAAGAGUAUUUUUGUGGUUUAUCCUUUUAUGGAAAAUUUUACUUUUUUAGUUCCAAAAAAAAAAAAAUAUCUAUCAUCAGAUUUGUUUAUAUGAGCUAAGGUCCAGUAACAUGGAUGUUUACAUGCUGGAAAGCAAAAAAGCUUUUCUGUUUUGUUUUGUUGCAGCUCGUGCUGUGCGUCAUAUGCUCCUACUCUCUUUCUGACAGCUUCACUUGCAUUGAGAAAACCCUCUGAAUUAUUAGAAGCGGAGGUUUCACCCUGCUGGCUGCAGGGCACUGUCCUCCUGGGAAUGGAAAGCACAGCGUUGCACACAGAGGGCCUUCUGUCUCACCGAUAACAAAUGUAUUAUACGCUGCUCAGCUUUUCUCUUUUUUUCUGAUGCUUCCAGGUCGAGUCUUAACUGCAAGACAAAACUUUAAAUAGUGUUCAUCUGUUAAUGAUCAAUAAUAGUGCUCACAUUGUACAGGGGCUUCAGUCUUUUCAACUCGCCUGUUCCCUCAGCUCGUGUGUUUGUCGGGUCCUCGGAGACACCGCGUGUGUCUCGCAGCAGCCUCUGGGUAAGAAAGAGCAGUGCCCAGUGGAAGAACGAUGACUGAUGCUGCUUAGGAGUUUCAUCUUUGUGCCUUUUUUUUGUAAAUUUAACGUAUCCUCGUGAGAGAAGGGCUCGAGUAGGUGUUUUUCAGAACUCCAUUAGCUUUCCAUACAGAAUACGGUCAGUAACACCAGAGAACUGGUAGUAACAAGCAAAAAUGGGCGCUGUUUUCAAGGAGACAGGAAAAAGGCUAUUUUCACUGGUUGUUCAGUAAGAGAAGAAGUCGCCUUUAGAGGUCCCAAAGGAAAGCGUUUCCCUUUUUGAUAUUUUUGCAAAAAAUUGUUGUGUAAUGCAAGACUCCCAAUCCGUUUCAUUGGGCAUAUGGUGACUGGCAUAUAGUCUGCAGUAUAAUCAGUCCCUUGUUUGUAUGUAAUACUGUGUACGUGUCUGUGAAAACCUGGCAUGGGAGAGGCAAGUUAGUGAAAAACUAACCCAAACAAAAGAAAAACCCAACAAAAGCGAAAUCCAAACAUACUGCAGAACACAUGUUGCUGGUUGCACAUUGGAAGUUAUUGGUUCUGUUGGUGGAUUUAAGCAGUUGGCGUUAGUAUUUUAAUUUGUGAUGCAGUCUCUUAAAUUUCUUCUUGUUGGAGUGCCCUGUUUUGGGGAGGGGGCAUCACAUGUUGAAGAAUUCUUAAAUAUCUUGGUUUAGGUAAAAAUAUAGUAACUAAACUAUUUUUUAUAUUUUUAUGGAAAAAGUAGUGUGUAGAAUAACCUUUGAAUAAACUGUGCUUAUUUAAAUGUUUGAAAAUAUGUAUGUUGUGCGUUCUAGUCUGUAACCAUUGCUGUGUUUUACAGAACACUCUGCAGACUGUAAAUAAAAUUACCAGAAAACUGUUGAA